AAAGGAGCCCUUAUGGCUGGGUCCCGUGGCCCCAUGGCAUGACGGAGCUUCUUUCUACUCCCAACACAUCUGGGAGCAGCACAUAGUCAGAACACAGAGGGAUUUGGCUCACAGAUUGGACCGACGACGCAUAAUCACCGGUAAACCAUGAUCACCUUGCUCCUGUUGUGUGUGUUUCUGCCCUUCAUCACCUCAACAAUAUCACAUGAAGACCUUAGCGAUCUGGAAAGUAACUUGAGUGUCAGCAUCCCUCUGGAGGUGCCACUGCGUCCCCUCAUGGGCGCCAGGGUGGUAGUGCCCUGCUACUUCCAGGACAACACUGUUGAUGACCCUGGCGCACCCACUGUCGCCCCGCUGUCCCAUCGCAUCAAGUGGACCUACGUAACCAAGGGCAAGACCACCCUGAUCCUGGUGGCGUCAGAGGGCAAAGUUUAUGUUGAGACUGAAUACUUGGACAGAGUCACAUUGGUUAACUACCCUCUGGUGCCCACCGACAUCUCCAUAGAGAUCACAGAGCUUCACGCCAAAGACUCGGGAACCUAUCGCUGUGAGGUCAUGCAUGGCAUUGAGAAUAAUUAUGACUCAGUGGACAUCCAAGUUCAAGGUAUUGUGUUUCACUACCGAGCCAUCACGACUCGCUACACUCUAAACUUUGAGAGGGCCAAGGCUGCCUGCAUCCAAAACAGUGCCACCAUUGCCACCCCGGCCCAGCUUCAGGCUGCCUUUGAUGAUGGGUUCCACCAAUGUGAUGCUGGUUGGCUAUCUGACCAAACAGUCAGGUACCCAAUCCAUGAGCCUCGUGAGGGUUGUUUUGGAGACAAGGAUGAGUUCCCAGGUGUACGAACUUACGGUGUAAGAGAGGUCAACGAGACGUAUGACGUGUACUGCUUUUCAGAAAAGAUGUCAGGCCGGGUUUUCUACUCCACAUCUGUGGAAAAGUUCACCUUCUACCAGGCAAUGGACCAGUGUGCCAAACUAGGUGCCAAACUAGCCACCACAGGGCAGUUGUACCUGGCUUGGAAGGCUGGCAUGGAUGUGUGUAACGCUGGCUGGUUGGCAGACAGAAGCGUCCGCUACCCCAUUAACAUCGCCAGGCCUCAGUGUGGUGGAGGGCUCCUAGGAGUUAGGACCGUGUACCUGUUUCCUAACCAGACAGGCUACCCCUACCCAGACUCCCUCUAUGAUGCGAUCUGUUACCAAGAGACCGAUGAUGUGAUCCAGACCACACCAUUCCCCGAGGUGGCCACCAUCACAGAUGGCUCCAUGGUCUUCCCAAGACUAACCACCACCCCUGACAAUGAGGUACGGGGGGAGCUGGUGACCCAAGCCCCCCUGGAUUCCACCACUGUGCCCAUCUCCAUCCAACCCAAUGUGACGGACACUACAGCCGUGGGCGAAGAGAUUGUCAGUGGGGUAACAGCUAAACCGCAUCUGGAGUCAGAGUUCAUUCAUGACAAUGAAACGGCCAUGUCACCUACAGGUGUGGUGUUCCACUAUCGGGCUGGCUCCGGUCGCUAUGACUUGUCCUUUGUGGAAGCCCAGCAGGCUUGUCAGAGUGUGGGUGCAGUCAUCGCCAGCUCCCAGCAGCUCCAGGCAGCCUAUGAGGCAGGGCUCCACCACUGUGAUGCUGGCUGGCUCCGAGACCAGACCGUCAGGUACCCAAUCCUGUCUCCGAGAGAUAAGUGCUCAGGGAAUCUUGAGCAUCUUCCAGGGGUGAGGUCUUACGGCCUGAGACCCGCUACUGAGAGAUAUGAUGUCUACUGUUACGUGGACAGCCUUAAGGGAAACCUGUUCUACACCAGCGACUAUGACAGCUUCUCCUAUGAGGAGGCUGUAGCCCAUUGUCAGAAACUCAACACCACUCUAGCCACCACUGGGCAGCUUUAUGCCGCUUGGAGACGAGGCUUUGACAAGUGCCGCCCAGGCUGGCUGCAGGACGGCAGUGUCCGCUACCCAAUCAGCAACCCCAGGCCUCACUGUGGAGGAGGAAAGGCCGGCGUACACACUAUCUAUGCCUACCCCAACCAGACAGGAUACCCGGACCAGCACUCUAGAUAUGACGCAUACUGCUUCAGAGUUGAAGGUACAACUAUUCCCACUGAAACCACACCAAACAUUACUGUAGUUGUUGAUGAGGAAAUUAUCAACAUGACAACCAUAACGGACCAAUCAGCUGCAGUGAGCCCCAUUGUGCCAUCUGUGGAUGAAUCUGGAUCAGGCUCAGCUGAACAUUCUGCCAGUGGCAGUGGAAUCCCUGAACAUAGCGGAGAGGCGUCUGGUUUGGUCAGCGGAGAGGCGUCUGGUUUGGUCAGCGGAGAGACGUCUGGUUUGGUCAGUGGAGAGGCGUCUGGUUUUGUCAGUGGAGAGGCGUCUGGUUUGGUCAGCGGAGAGGCGUCUGGUUUGGUCAGCGGAGAGGCGUCUGGUGAGGUCAGCGGAGAGACGUCUGGUUUUGUCAGCGGAGAGGCUUCUGGUUUUGUCAGCGGAGAGGCGUCUGGUUUGGUCAGCGGAGAGGCGUCUGGUUUUGUCAGCGGAGAGGCGUCUGGUUUGGUCAGCGGAGAGGCGUCUGGUUUGGUCAGCGGAGAGACAUCUGGUUUUGUCAGCGGAGAGACGUCUGGUUUUGUCAGCGGAGAGGCGUCUGGUUUGGUCAGCGGAGACGCGUCUGGUUUGGUCAGCGGAGAGGCGUCUGGUUUUGUCAGUGGAGAGGCUUCUGGUUUUGUCAGCGGAGAGGCUUCUGGUUUGGUCAGCGGAGAGGCGUCUGGUGAGGUCAGCGGAGAGGCGUCUGGUUUGGUCAGCGGAGAGGCGUCUGGUGAGGUCAGCGGAGAGGCGUCUGGUUUGGUCAGCGGAGAGGCUUCUGGUUAUGGAAGUGGAGAGGCAUCUGGUGAGGUCAGCGGAGAGGCGUCUGGUUAUGGAAGUGGAGGGGCAUCAGGUGUGGCCAGUGGAGAGGCAUCUGGGUCUGGCUUUCAAAUAUCCUUUGAGACCAGUGGGCACUUCUUGUCAGGAGAGGGCUCUGGCUCUGGCUCCGGAGUUCCCCAGGAGGUGGGAGAGGGGAGCACCGAUAUCAUCUAUUUCCCUAUUGAUGGGUCGGGGUGGGGGGUGCAAGAGUUCAGCGGUGGGUUCCCUUCCGGCGUUCUUCCCCAUUCAGGUAGUGGCAGCGGGGCAUCUGGGGAACUGAGUGGUAGUGGGGACUCGGUUAUCGUCUUGGUGGAUGGAGACCUGGUGGACAUCACCAGACAACAGCCAAUAGGACAGGAGUUUAAACAAGGAGGUGUGGAUGUCAGUGGCUCUGGAUCAGACGGCUUCUUCAGCGCCAGCGCCUCUGGCUCCGGACUUCCUGAUAUAUCUUUUACGGACUCAGGCCUCAUCGACCUCAGUGAAAAGCCCUCAGGAGAACAGGAAGUCUCCGGCUACCGGCCCUUCGCCUCAGGUUUUCCACAGGGAUUUUUUUCCGGUUACCCGAGCGGUUUUCAGAGCGGCUCCGGAUUCCCAUCUAGCGGUGACCACUUGGGUCAAGACGUCAUCUUCCUGACCAAAGACGAGAUGAUUGAGAUGACGACGCGGCCCAGCGUUCAUGGUCCAGAGCAGGGCCGGGGCCACAUAGAAGUCAGUGGAGAUGGCAGCAAUUACUAUGAAGGGAGCAGCUCAUCCAGUGGGAUCUUGCGUGGCAGAGGGGAUGAUCUGGACCCUGUGGAGGAAGGCCAUGAGCAGGAAGGGCAGCGAGGGUCCAUGGAGACAAUGACAGCAGCACCCACAGUUUUAUCUGGCACAACGACAGCACCCGCCGUGCCAUUGGUGACCCCUGCUGUGGUAGAGGAGCCUACGGUAGUGGACGCUGCUCCUAACCCAUGUGAGCUUAACUCGUGUGGAGUGGGCACCUGCUCUGUGGAGGAUGGCAUUGCUGUGUGUCAGUGCCCGCAUGGCCUCACUGGGAAAGACUGCGGCACACCGGUGCUGGGCUGUGCUGAUGGCUGGGAGGAGUUCAUGGGGAGCUGUUACCUGCACUUUACUGAAAGAGACACGUGGUCUGAUGCUGAGGAACGCUGCAGAGGGCUCAACUCCCACCUGGUCAGCAUCACUUCCCAACAAGAGCAGGAGUUUAUCAACUCCAACGCUCAGGAUUAUCAGUGGAUUGGAUUAAAUGACAUGACUGUGCAGAAUGAAUUUCACUGGACAGAUGGAAGUCCAUUGCAAUAUGAAAACUGGAGGCCCAACCAGCCGGAUAAUUACUUUGCCUCUGGAGAGGAUUGUGUGGUGAUGAUCUGGCAUGAGAGUGGCCAGUGGAACGAUGUGCCGUGCAACUAUCACCUGCCCUUCACCUGCAAAAGUGGACCUGUUUUAUGCCAUUCACCCCCUGUGGUGGAAAAUGCCAGGCUGAUGGGCAGCAGAAGAGACCGUUACCCUGUCAACUCCAUAGUUCGCUACCAGUGUGAUGCAGGCUUCACACAGCGCCACCCACCUUCUGUACAUUGCCUCCCCGGCGGGCAGUGGGAGGAGCCACAAGUAGAAUGUAUAGGACCUAACUCCACCCCAAGCAACAGACUACAGAAGAGGAUCAUCAGGAGAAGGUCUAAAGCAGCCAACAGUCGGUCAUUGAUGAAGCAUCUUUAAGCAGAAAUGAAGAGAUGCACUUAAAGAGAACCAAACGGACCGCUUUUGUAGAGAAACAUAACGCCAAUCCGGCCGACCAAAAAAAUAUAUAAUGUUCCCACCAGGGGUGGAAAUGGAAAGAAAAAGGUUCAUGUAAAAUCCAAUGAAAAAUCCUUUGAAAAAUUCCCCCAAAGCUUUUCUUAAAACAAAAAUAUAAAAUUUGCCCAGUCCCCUACCCUGAUUCUCACCCUGUACACAUAUAUAAACACUAAAGCACAUUAGACAUGAUUUACAGUCCGACUGACAAUGUUAUUCUCUGAGUGUCACUCUGGGCCUUUGCGGGGGAUACAGGGCAGUGGUUCUCAACCUGGGGCACUAGGAACCAUCGGGGAAUCUACUGUAGGUUAUCCACAGGGGGUACUCGGGAGGACUCAUAUAGGUCUGGUAGGUCGAAUAGAUAGAAUACUUUGGGAAGAGCGUUACGGGGGUUAGAGCUAGCACUGAUACCGGGGAAAUAAGAGAAGGUUCAUCUUCUGUCAGAAGCGUUAAGGUUCGUAGGUUCAUGGCUGUGAUCAGCUGUAGAACACUUGAUUAUUUUGGGUCCCUCGUUAGUUACACACUGACUCGGGUGAAGAGUGUGACUCUUGGAGAGACACCGGAAUGAUCUGUACAAAUAAAUGGAUAGAAUUAUUUAUUUGGGGAGUCCCAGCUGAACUGUAGUGGGAAAGAUAACAUCCUUCGUCAAGGCUAGAGUGACACUAAAGGUCAAGAGCAGGAGGGGUUUGGUAUUGCAGCUGGUUACUCUUAAAUCAAGCACAUAGUUAAAUAUAGGUUUUUGACAAUUGGGAUGUCUUUUGUUAUUUUUCAUUGUGUUCAUCGGUUUUUGUUAUUUUGCUUUUUUUUCUAGUGUUGGAACUUCUGGCCAAAUAGGGAACAGCUUCUGUAUGUGGAAAUAAUGUUGUUGUUUUUUCAGUUUCUGAAUGUGAAACAGAGUUGAUCCAACUCUGUGUGAUUAAGGAACAAUGUUGUGCUCUAUUCCUGGAUCUUUGGGCUAUUUUCAGCACCCACACAGAACUUAGAACAUAGAUAUUGAUAGAGGCACCCCUGUUUCUAUGGAAUAACAGGCAAAAUGUUGCAACACACAAAACGUUGGGCUUCAGACAAAACAUUUUGCAACAGAAUGUGCAUAAUGAAUACACACCAUUGUCGAUGUCAAUGUCUAUGCUGUCACUGAUUCAAUCAGCGGCAAAGGUAGGAAGUGUGCCCUUCAUCUCUAUGCUUCAGAACCAUCUGGUGAGAAUACCAUGGAUACAAUUGUAGAUGCCUUGUAUUCCUAUAGGUGGCAUCAUUCCUCCAACACUAUUACAACCAAGUGGACAAAGCAGCGUUAUCUGCAGUGGCGGACUAUGGCUGAGUAGUAUGUAGGUGGAAUGAGAGAGCAAUGAGAGAAAUUUGACUGCACAGUAGGAAAAAGGCUUACGUCCUACAGUCCAUAUAUUCAUACUUAGAUGAUUGGUCAUAUUGAUUUGGGCCAAUCCCUGGUGCUUAAGCACUUGAAAAUUAACAGACACCAGCUGCUUAGCAAGCUGUGAAGGCAAAAAGAUAGUUAAGAGGGCAAGAAAGAGGGUGUGUUACGUUGACAAGGAUACUUUUAAGUCGAGAUGUUUAAGGCUUGUGGUGCAACACUCAGGCUCACCUGACUGACAUUUACUAAAAACACUUAAAACCUAUCACAAAACACUCAAAUUCAACAAACACACAACAUAUCACAAAAAACUCACAUUUACCAAAAACACUUAAAACAUAUCACAAAACACUCAAAUUCAACAAACACUUAAAACAUAUCACAAAACACUCACAUUUACCAAACACACUUAAAACAUAUCACAAAACACUCAAAUUCAAAAAAAGCACUUAAAACAUAUCCAAAUACUCUGACAUUCAACAAACGCACUUAAAACAUAUCACAAUACUCUCACUUUCAACAAACACACUUAAAACAUAUCGCAAUACUCUCAUAUUCAACAAGCAUACUUAAAACAUCACAAUAUUCACAAAUUCACCAAACACACUAAAUACAUCACAAUACUCACACAUUCAACAAACACCCUUAAAACAUAACAAUACUCUCACAUUCCAAAGAGAUGCCAACAUUUGGCAAAUAGUUUAUGGGUGUUUUUGUGAAGAGGGAAAUAGCACACACACCCAUACACAGUCCAAUCACCACCAGGCCAAGACUGACACAAACAUCACAUAACUGUGUGAGAAUUUUAACAGUAUGUGUGUGUGAUAGAGAAAUGAUGGGUAUGCACGUAAGUAAACAAAAUGUGUGUGUUGAAUGGAUGAGCAUUUAAUCAUGUUCGUACAAUGUUACAACUUUCUGAUGAGGGAUUCUGAUGUAAAACUACCAAAUAAAACCUG